UUGAUUACGGACACAAAUUUAUUUAGAUCGUCGUCGAAUGUAAAAUCAAAUGUAAUUGACUGCUACUUUGCUUUGUGCAAUACUGCAUAUUUUAAUAACAUUCCAAUAAUUCCAUGAUUUUCCGGUUGACGUUCCUCUUUUACCAUAAGUCACAAUGUUCGUGAAUCGUGCAAUUUUAUUUCAUUUAUUAUUCGUAUACUCUGCUUUUGGUGGUCCAGAAGAAGAACAUGGAGUAAAAUACGCCAAUAAGUGUGAAGUAUGCAAGGUUUUAGCUACAGAACUCGAAGCAAGAUUAGACGAAACUGGGAAAACACAUGAUGUAUUAGAGAUUGGAUAUUCAGUGGAUGAUAUUGCACCAAAAAAGAAAAAAGAUUAUAAGAAAUCAGAGUUACGCCUAGUAGAAUCUAUGGAAAAUGUUUGCGAGCGUAUAUUGGAAUAUAAUAUACAUAAAGAACGUUCAGAUAGCACAAGAUUUGCAAAGGGAAUGAGUCAAACGUUCACGACACUGCAUGGUCUUGUGAAUAAGGGAGUUAAAGUUGAAUUGGGCAUUCCUUAUGAAUUAUGGGACAAGCCUUCUGUUGAGAUAACAACUUUAAAAACACAGUGUGAAGAUUUGCUGGAGAGCCAUGAAGAUGAUAUCGAUGAUUGGUAUCAUAAUUAUCAGGGAAAGAUUCCUUUAAUUAGAUAUUUAUGUUCUGAGCGUGCAUUGAAGGACCAAAAUGAUUCUUGCCUGUAUGAGAAAGGAGACACUGGAAAGGAUCUCAGAAAACAGGAAAAAAAGAAAAAAAAGGAAUCAACUAAUAAAGAAAUUAUGAAUGAUAAGCAUCAGAAAGCAAAACAAGAAUUGUAAAGCUGCAAGAAUAAACUGCCUGAACAAAUACAUUUA